AUGCGCGGCGGCACACGGCGAGCCGACAAGGCCGCUCAGUCUCGAGGCGAGGUGCCGCUCCGGUGUGUGCGGAUCGAGCCGGGCGUAUUGCACAGCUGCAGUCUUGACUGCCCCGCAUCGACGCUGGAUCCUUCACCAUCAACCAUCACCUCUACGACCGACAUUCAAGCGGCUCGUUCCAUCUCCUCUCCCACUAUCACUCGUCCCCACACACUUAACACAUUCGCCAUGUCGAAGACGGGAGACUUUGAAGCUGUCAAGAAGGACAUCCUCGCCGUGCUCAAGCAGCCCGAGUACGAUGACGGCUCCGCAGGCCCCGUGCUCGUUCGACUAGCCUGGCACGCAAGCGGCACCUACUGCGCCCAGUCCGACACGGGCGGAUCCAACGGCGCCGGCAUGCGCUACGAGGCUGAGGGCGGCGACCCCGCCAACGCUGGUCUGCAGCACGCCCGCGUCUUCCUCGAGCCCAUCAAGGAGAAGCACCCGUGGAUCACCUACGCUGACCUUUGGACGCUUGCUGGUGUUGUCGCCAUCGAGGCCAUGGGCGGCCCUCAGAUCCCCUGGCGCGCUGGCCGCACCGACUUUGCCGAUGACUCGCGCCUGCCACCUCGCGGUCGUCUGCCCGACGGUGCGCAGGGCGCCGACCAUCUGCGACACAUCUUCUACCGCAUGGGCUUCAACGACCAGGAGAUUGUUGCGCUCUCGGGUGCACACAACCUCGGCCGCUGCCACUCGGAUCGCUCGGGCUUCGAGGGUCCCUGGGUCAACUCGCCCACGCGCUUCUCGAACCAGUACUACAAGCUGCUGCUCAAGCUCAAGUGGUCACCCAAGAAGUGGGACGGCCCCUUCCAGUACGUCGCCAAGGCGCCCGGUGCCGACGAUGACGACGAGCAGCUCAUGAUGCUGCCUACCGACUACAGCCUCAUCCAGGACGACAAGUUCCGCCCCUGGGUCGAGAAGUACGCCGAGGACCGGGACGCCUUCUUCAACGACUUCUCCAAGGUCUUUGCCAAGCUCAUCGAGCUCGGCGUGUACCGUGACGAGGACGGCAUCGCGAGAGCGGACAAGAUGAAACAGUACAAGGGUGAAUACAAGUCGGCGCCGCAGAAGCCGCCUGUUCCCGGCGCGCCAGGUGCGGGUAAGGACGGCGAGGCCAACCCGCUCGCACGCCAGAACAGAAUCGCCCACCAGCAGCUCAACGCCAAGGCGAGGCUCUAG